AUAUAUAAUAUAGAGGAGACACCAGCUGUCUUUUACAUCCAUCGCUACAAAUUGGUUAUUGCGCAGAUAUUGAGAGAGAGAGAGAGCGAGAGACAAAAAAAAUUGCUUCUUACAGCUGUUUAAUAAGUGCUUGCAUUAUUGCAUUUUGGCAAUUUUUAGCUCUCUGUUGCCUUUGUUGACCUCGUCUUUCCAACUGGAACAAUUUUAGCGCAGACAAAUUCGAAAUACUGGUCUGGGGUUGGUUCCUUUCCUGCAAAAAAUAGAAAGAAAGGUUUGUUUGUUUGCUCUCGGCUCUUGAUUUCUUCCUCGGACUUAUUCUUUCGCUGUGGCAAAGAUCAUUUGGGUUGUUGGGUUUCGUUCUGAUACAUCAUCAAACAACUGGUGGGCUUUCCUGCAGUUCAAUUUUUGUUUCAUUAUUUGACAGCGGAAUGUUCUCUUGUACUCAUCUUCAAUUACACUUCCGAUUCUGAUUUGAUCUUUUCUGUACUGGGUAAUCAGUGCUUUUUAUUCUUUUACUCUUUUGUUGGGUUUUCCAUUGCUGGGUUUUGGUCUGAUUUGCAUUUGAAGAUCUUGGGGUUACUGUUGUAUCUUCCCAGAUUUUUAUUCAUCAAAAUCUGUGAUCAUAUAAGCUCUGAAUUUUGGAGGGUGUAAUAGUUUUUUCCCAUCUGUUCGUCUUAAGAAAGUUGGGAGAAUGAAAGGAAAAGUUGGGACACAAGGGAGUUACUUUCUGCUGAACACAGGGCACAAAAUCCCAGCCAUAGGGCUUGGGACAUGGCAGAGUGGGGGUGACCUCUGCGUCGAAGCCGUGAAAACGGCAUUAUCGGUUGGUUACCGUCACAUAGAUUGUUCACAUCUUUAUGGUAACGAGACUGAAGUAGGGGCAGCACUAGCUGAGGCUUUUAAAGGUUCUUUAAAGAGGGAGGAUGUUUUCUUGACUUCUAAGCUUUUCUGCACUAUGAAUUCACUCAAUAAGAUGGAGAAUUCUGUUAGGGUAUCUCUUAAGAGCCUCGGAGUGUCGUACUUGGAUCUGUAUUUGAUGCAUUGGUCUGAGAGCUCAGCAUUUGGGGAUGCCACCGAUCCUCCUUCCAAGUCAGGAAGUGAGUAUCGGCAGUUCUUGAAUCGGUUCAAGACUACAUGGAAAGCAAUGGAAGAUUUGGUGACGCUGGGUCUAGUUCGAGCCAUCGGGGUUAGCAAUUUCAGCGUCCAGCAGAUCAAGGAAUUGCUUAAAUUUGCAAAAAUUGUACCGGCAGUCAAUCAGGUAGAGUUGCAUCCAUUUUGGCGGCAAGAUGAACUUGUCAAGUUCUGUCAAUCAAAAGGUAUCCAUGUUUCUGCUCAUACACCAUUGGGAGUACCAACUUCCACUCCUGGACCUUCUGAUAGCGGAUCAGGUGGGGAAGAUGAACCUGGAACUCCUCGCAUAUCUUUCAGGAGGUCGAGAUCAGUACACGGCCCUAUGUUGAAAUUGUCAGUCGUUGCAGAAAUAGCAGAUAGGCAUAAGAAGACUCCUGAACAGAUUAUCUUGCGGUGGGGUUUGCAAAGGGGAACAAGUGUCCUUCCAUGUAGCGUAAAGCCUGACCGGAUAAUAAGGAACACAGACAUUUUCAGUUGGUCAUUGUCAGCCAGUGAAUUGAGCCGGUUGAACCAGAUAGAGCCGCAGGUGUGUCUGUUUGGAAAUAUCCCUCAGAAUAAUCUCUCGGAAAGUGGAUUUAUGCCUGGAAGUGGCCCCCUUCAGGCUGUUUAUGAGAUGGAAGAUGACGCGGAAUCCAAUUCUUGAUGUUUUCUUGUGUUCUUAUGAGAUAUAUUUCCGUUCGAAGUUCAACUAUGUAUUUAUGAUAUGAUAUACCGUCAUAUGCCUGUUGUUUGUAAAAGAUUCUUCUCCUUUUGUGAUGCUGAAUGUAAAGUCAAAGAACACCAUUACAGUGAAGUUUGAAUAGGUGAGAAUGUUGCUUUAA